AUGGAGGUAGCGUGCCAUGCGGCCGGCCCACACCAAGUUGCGGCGGCCAGGACUUCGACAUGUUCCCUGCAGAAGAAGCCGCAUGGGAAGCCGGACAGGCAGUGCAUUGCGCACUGCUCCAAUGGGUUUCGUUGUCCUCGGGCCGUCCAGACCUCUUUCUCUACGAGACACAAGGCUUGUCCGGUCCCCUACUGUGAGAGGCAUUUGAAGUUUGGAGAUGAUGCGUUGAAGGUCUACCAGCAUCCCAAGGGUUUUGGCAAGAUCUUAGUUGCCAGGUUUAAUCUGCCAAAGGGAUAUCGAAUGGUCUACCAUGGUUUGCGGCAAACCACUGGAACUGAUCCCCACCUGGAUCCCGAUGAAGAUCGAACCUUGUGGUUCUACCCUGCGCCCGGCUUUGAAGUGAACGGCUAUCUGGAUCCGUCGCCAUGUCCGGGUUCCGUGCUGCAGUUUGCCGCCAACGGAGGGCCACAAGAGGUGGCGAACAUUCGGCAGAACGAUCGGAGUUUCGGGCAUCGCAAUGGCAGCUAUGGAGGGAUGGAGUAUGAAGCCUCGAUGUCCAUCCCUGCUGGGACGCAACUGGUGCACAACUAUGGCUCUGAGUGGUGGAAAGAUCGGCCCGAACUCAAACGCAGCAAUGUGGGAACGGAUUCUUGA